UCUCUUUCUCUUCGUUAAUGGCUUAUAAGCUUCCCCUGCUUUGUGAUCUCGUUAUUCUUCUAAGCGUUGGCCUUACAUGCAAUGCAACUCAGUACGUAGUUGGGGAUAUCGCUGGUUGGGAUUUAAGCGCUGAUCUUGAUACAUGGGCCCAAGACAAAACCUUCUAUGUGGGAGAUGUUCUAUUGUUCCAGUACUCAUACUACCACAGUGUGGUUGAGGUGAACAAAGAAGAUUUCAGUGGAUGUAAUGUGACCAAUAUGCUUCAAACGAGUAGCAACGGCAACACUAGUUUUGUAUUGACCAGCCCAGGAGAGAGAUUCUUUGUCUGUGGAAACAAAUUGUAUUGCCUCGGAGGGAUGAAGCUUCAAAUUAACGUGCUUGAGAAUCAGGCGGCCUCAGCAGUGGCUAAGGCACCUCAGGCCUCAGCGUUGGAACCAGGAGCUACCUCUACUCUUUCGCAUCCCUCAUCCAAGAUCGACAACUCUUUACCCACUUUUCCUACUUCAGCUGGAUCGUCACUUCAUGGUGAAAAGGGUGCCCUUAUUAUAGCUUUUCUUAGUUACAUGGGAACUCACUUCUGCCAUUAAUGGUGAUUAAAUUGAUCAGAAAUGAAUCAGUAUCUACCAUUACCAAUUGUCAUUUGCAAAUUUGGAAUCACUGAUUCAAUAGUCCAGUUAUCCGAAUAAUUCUGAGUUUCAAGUUUUGGGGGUUGUUGCUAACACUAUUAUACAAGAUACUGUCCGACCAUUAUUAAUAAUUGGGGAAGUGGCACUGGCAGGGUCCUUUGAUUGUCCAUUUGUCGAGAGGGGAUUUGGAUCUUAGUAUUUUGCAAUCGUGUAUUGGGAAUAUUUCUGU